UGUGUGUGGGGACCCAUAUCACUCACACUCAUGCAGGUUCCUGUUCUGCAGCAUUUCUAGCUGGAGUGUGUAACCAACACUGCAACAAGCCGCCGUGUCGUCAGGUGCCAGGAAAAAGCUCGCUCAGCUUGUCAUAUCUUCCUUCCCGUUCUUCCUGCAUGCCCUGCCUCUUGUCUUAUUCCCUUAAACUUAAUUUCGUCACUGGCAGUUAACACUUUGGUGUUUGUACACAGAUGCUUCAGGAAUCUGACAGUGCUGAAUAAUCCUGUCUCAGCAGAAGAAGAAGAAGAAAAGAAGAAAAUAUCUUUUAUAUAGCGCCUCUCAAGAUAAAAAUCACGAGGCGCUUAACCAGAACCAGAGGGAAGGUCAAGAUGCCCAGCAGGUCCGCCGUAGCUCCUAAAGUUCCUCAACCAGAGAGAGUAGAUCAAGUCUAUGAGGCCUUAAAGAAAGGCCUCGAGUCUUACCUGCAUGUUCAUAGGACAGACCUGGAUAACUUAAACAGAGAAAUCCAAGAAUCCAAAAGGAAUUCCAGACUGGGUUUCCUUUAUGAAUUUGACCAGCAAGUUAAGGUGAUUGAGAAUAACAUAAGAAGUCUGGAGGUUCACCUCAACAAGGUUAAGGGGAUUUAUGAAGGCUACUGCCAGCAGAGGAGACUGAGAGAUGAAGCCACCAAGCUGAUGAAGGAAAACAAAUCCGCUUCAGGAGGCAAAGAAACCAAAGAGAGAUUUGUGAAGGCAAAUAAGGAUUAUAAGGAGUACUCUGAGAGAAUGUGUGCGUUGGAGAAUACACUACAGAGUCAGCUGGGACAGUUCAACAUCAAGAUGAAAGGUCUGGCUGGAUUUGCCAGGCUGUGUGCAGGAGACCAGUACGAGAUCUUAAUGAAGUAUGGCCGACAGCGAUGGAAGCUGCAUGGAAGUAUAGAAGCAAAUAAUAAUCAAGUCUGGGACAACGGAAAGGUGGCGGUCUUUCCGUUCAUUGGCGAGUUUCUUUGUGUAAAGGUGACGGAGCUGAAGAGCUUAGCCCAUCACGUGGUUGUAGGAAACAUCGUCUGUGAGACCAAGGACCUGUUUGCUCCUCUGCCUCAGAAGGUUGCUGUAGACGUUAAUGACCCGGGCACCAUCAAGAUGGUCCUGGAGGUCACCUGGUAUCCAGUUCCCAAAGAUUCCUCAGGUUCCUUCACAGAUGUGGAGAAUUCCCAAAUAUCAACUCUAGCCCUAAGUUCCUCCCCAACUCUGCCUCAAAAUGAAAACCAUAGUCUCGACAUCCCAAUUGAUGAUGAUUUAUAUGAAGUACCGGACCUCGACCUUCCACCUCCUUUACCGGAAAAAAAGAGGCACCGACCUCAGAAGGAGUCGGUCUAUGAGCAAGCAGAUCCACCUGUGGGAGCAGCAGGUUAUGCAUUUAACCCGCCCCCAGAAUACGGUGAGUCUGGCCUGGUGGACAGCGACCUGGAGGACACUCUGGAAAUUCUGAUUUCCGCUCUGGAGGAAUAUAAACAAUUCUGUGAUUUACAAAAACUGGAGCAUGAACUCAGACUGCUGCAGAGCUCACUAACGGGCUGCAGCCACAGGCAGUCACGCAGCAUGGACAGCGCGGACAGCUCCGUGGAAAGAGCUCUAAGCAGCUUCGACUUCCUUGGUGCAUCAGACGGUGUAAACAAUAGGACAAGCUGCACGAGGCCCACAAAUGGCAGACCUCACCUCACCACAGGCUGCACCACUCUGGACUGCUGCCUGCUUGUUCACCUGAACAACUGUGGAGCACAGCUGAUGCACCUGGGUGUGUCGGGUCCUCUGAGGUGUAAAGAGACGUACGCCAUCGACAAACUUCUGAGAGAGGCUCGUGUUUUAAAAACCAUCUGUUUAAUCACUGAGGACGACCCCCGCAGACCCAGACAACCUACUGAAGUGAUACCAGAGCUGGCUCAGUGUCACGGAGCCGAGUCACUAUGGAAGCAGUGUGUGGGACACGACAGCGUGUACGCCGUCUCUGCUGAUAGCUUUUUGACAACCUUGUCCACAGUCUACUCCAGUGUGCUGAGUGAAAGAACCAACCCAGUUGUCCUGUGCCUGGCUGAGCGGAUUCUGGAGCAAAGGCUUUCACAGCAAGACGACACUGAUGGACUGAUGAUGACAAUAUUCCAGCUGUGGAAUUACCUGGGGUCUAAUGGCAUCAGUGACAUGGAGACGCACCUCAUCGAGGUGGCAGAGGAAGUGUGGCUGCUGCAGAACUUGUCUUCAGGGGACGAGGAUGUGGUCUUAAGUGUGCUGCACUCUCCUACUGAGUGCAGCCUGAAGAGGGAAGGAGUUCAAGCUGUGGCCAAUUUACUGGACGAUCCACGAGUAAAAGUGUCGGCUGCUGCCGGCUCCGUUCUGAGAAUCCUGGCUGCUGAGCCCAGACAGAGAGACCAGGUUCUGGUUCACUGUAUGGAGAUGUUAGAGGAUGAUAACGUGGAAGUCAGAGUUUGUGGAUGUAAAGCUUUAGGAUAUCUCAUGGCGACUGAAAGCAUCGAUCAGCUGGUGUAUCUUUGUCAGAUGGACAAACAAGAAGUUCAACAAGCUGCCACAGAAACUCUCCUGAAGCUGGGUGAGGAAGGAGUCAUGGCCCUCAGAGACACCGAGAUGUCUCAGGAACAAUCAGCAGACGCUUUACCUGAGGAUUAUUGGCGAGUUUAGGCGUCCAGCAGCAAACAACAAGCGUUUGCUCCUAUUUAACAUGAUGGAUCCAGAGCUUCUGCUGCUCCUCGUCCUCCUGGAAGAACAGCUCCAGAACAAACACAAUCCAUCUGCACUAACAGAGGGCUGACGGAGAAAACACAGUGGAGGAGAACUGAUAAUAGACUGAGCUCUGAAAUCGAUUGAUAAUGGGAUUACGUGUUUAUAAAAGCCUGAGAUGAAGGCUGAACUUCAGUCUCACAAAAGGCAAAAGCUACACCCUCACCUUGCAUCACUUUGCAGAUCACUUUUAGUCUGGGUGAAGCUAAGUCAUUCAGCAAAGAGCCUUAUCUGCUUAUUGUUACAACUAGAUUAAUUGUUUUGUAAAUGGCUAAAUAAAUCACAGGAUUACA